GUGGUGGCCUUCGUGGAAAAGCCGCGCCCGGAUGGAGGCUUCGGUCUUCAGUCCAUCUCAGACUUCGCGUCCGUCUUCAAAGAGUCGGACUACGAGGACAACGUGGGCCAAGACAUCCUUCAAGAUGUGCAGCAACACAAUGAGUUCCCAGUCGUCUUCAUAGCGAGGCGUCGGACAGCUUGGCAGCUCGCCGGGGGCGAGCUUGCCAAGGCGUGCAAAAAGCGCGUCGAGGGAGCUCCCGAUCCCGACUGGGAUACCCCCCUGGGCCAGGAGGAGGAGGACAAGCGUAAGGAUAAAUUCAAGCGCGCGUGCGACGACUACCGGUGCGCUCUGAGGCUGAUGUGCGUGUGCAGGGCAAGAAUCGGCAAGAAACCCUUUGGCGGCGUCGCCCUGGCGUGCAGCCCGCGGCCGCGCUUGCCCGACCUGCCCCUUUCGACGGCGCUCCGCGUGCUGUGGGCGCUGCGCCUCCAGUGCAACUGCUGGGCCAUCGCAGGCGCGAGCCUUGUGGGGUCGAAGCAGAACUGGGGCGAGGAGAAGCGAGCGUGCAGGAAAGUCCGCGAGUGCCACGUGUCAGACGCGCAGGCAUAUUAUGACUUUGUGUAUAGAAAAGCGAUGGAACACAAGGGUCCAGAGCCCGCUACUGUUGCUUGGCUGAUCGACCGCGACCGCGCCGCACGGGCCAAGGCCAAGAGCCUUUGCUCCGCUGGCUGGCCGUGGGCAGAGGCGCUUCAGGGUGCGAAAGACUUGCGUAGUACUAUAACGUGCUCAGGCACAGGAGUGUCGAGGCAGGUGUCUGUCGCGAUGCCCGCCAAUGACGAGCCGGAGUCCGACGGGGAUGACUGCGACCAGGGUGGCGCG